CAUGGCCGCGGCCGCCGCUAGGGCUGCGGCCCAGGUGGUGCGCUACGAGCGGGUGGCGGGCCCCGUCGUCACCGUCCGGGAGGGCGCCGAGCCCCCCGAUUUCUGGAGCGCCAUCACCGCCGAGCCCUCGGUUCCCGACCCCUCCAAGGCCGGGAAGCGGAGGGUGGAGCUCUACGACCUCGACUUCGAGAUCUUCCAUCACGCGCUCAAGUCCCCGAAUGAGGAAGCGGCGGAGAGCACCACCCCGUCCUCGUCGUCGGCCGACUCGGCUUCCACCUUCUCUCCGGCCUCGUCCUCUUCUUCCGAUUGGUAUAAUUCUCCUUCCACACCUGGCCACUCCACAAUCCAGCUGGGUCCCAAGUUGCCCUCUUUCCGUACAAGAACGGAGAAUGAGAAAGCUUCGACCUUUCCAUCUGAUGCUGCAGAUACUAAAACAAGGGCUCAAUCCCUCGCCGAACGCAGAGGAGGCAUUACCCCUUCGUUGGUUUUGUUAGCACCGCCAGAUGCGGAGAAGGAACAGCCGUCGCCACAAGAAUUUCUACACGAUUGGUGCUUAUCUCCUGCAUUCAUCCCGGACGUGGAAGUAGAUGAAGAGGAAGAAGGUGACUCUAUGUGUAUCGAUCAUCAGCUUUCGUUAAACCCUUCGAACCAGUUGAAUUUGGAUGCGAUCGAAGAAGACACAGAAGAAGAAGAAGGGAGUAGUCAACUGAUUCAUCCCAUCCUUUUCCGGUGGCCCGAAAUGGACAAAAUGGAGGAAAUCCAUCCGGGGGUGCUCGAUUCAAGAUCGGUAUUCUUAAUGGUGGCUCCGAAUUCCAGGAAAGGUGUGCGAAAGCCGACGUCGAAGAUUUUGUACAUAUGGUUAGGAAGUGGAAGUGAAUUGAGCGAAGGGGAUGUAGAAAAAGUUAGAGAUGUGUGUUCGAGCAAGAUUGGCAUCGAUGUUCUCGAUCUGAUUGGGAUCCCCCCUGAUACUCCCGUGGAGAUCAUCAAAGAAGGGCAGGAGCCGGAGCAGUUCUUGAACAACCUCUUCUCAUUCCACCAUUGCAUUGAAAGUAGCUAUAGUGGAAAAUGCUGAUGAUGACUCAUGCCGAUACUGUGCAAUACGAAGAUCGGACUAACUGUAUAAGGUUUCUUCCCUGCUAAUCUCCACAAACACAAGGAAUAGAUAUUUCGGAGUGAAGCCAACGCUUAAAACUUGAAGACUUCAAUAGGCUUCUUUACAUGUUUAUACUUAUAUUCCAAAACGCAGUACAGUGGUAGUACUAACUGUCGUAAUAUAGCUCUGUCGACAGGUGCUGAUUGUGUCGAUGUGUAUAAAUGAAAACUUAGAGGAAAUAAUCGACCAUAUGAUCAACUCGCAUUUCUGAAUUGCUAGUUUACAUGUAUACUUACGGGUCGCAGAUUGGUCCAAAUUUCUGGUGAAA